GGAAAAACUUUCAUUUUGAUAUACAUUGUUACGAUGAAUUUUAUAUAGAUGCUGUACAUUUUACAUCUCAUUUGUUUUAUGGCACGCGAUGGCUGACGUAUACAUCGUCACUACAGAUGUCAUUCAAAAGGUUGCCAACCGGUCAGACUUGUUUUUAAUGAAUUACAAAGAGAUGCGGGAUUGUUUUCUGCAUGACUUGGUACUUGGACGCAUUUAGUCGCAGUUACAGUAUACUAAUAGAUGCUUUCCCAUCGAAGUCCUGGUACCUAAUUAGAGGUUCCGAGUUCCUGGUGUCGACCUACAAUCGGGCAGAGUUCCUGCGGUGGAAACGUGACAGAAAUUCCUGAUCUGUGAAAAAAGUCUCUGCGGUGCGAAAGGACAAAAACACUCCGUUUCGGCUGCGAAAUGAACUUUCCCGAAGAAGUACUCGCUAACAUUUUCUCCUACCUCCCGCUAAGGGACAGGUACAGUUCUUCCUUGGUCUGUAAGCGAUGGUCCCAGGCGAUGAACUACCCCUCUGUCUGGUAUUACACCGAAGUCAGCAGAUGUGAGACUGGAGCUGAAGACCACGGCCUUCUGCAUUUCUGCCACCUGCUGGGGAUGGUCAAGCACUUGAAAAUCAUCGUCUGUCAGUUGAAGGAAGUGGCGAACCGAGACAUGGCUCUCGGAGUGCUGAACCAGGCAACAGACCAGAGCAACCGGCUCCAGAAGCUGAGUGUAUCCUGCACGGGUGACUUUCCCCUGUUCUACUCCGGUGAAGACAUUCUCCAUGGCAUAGAAGUCGUGCUGCUUAACGAGGCCAGUGGCCUGUCACUCAAGGAGGUUGACUUCAGGGACAUGCCCUUCACUCUGAGCGACCAGCUGAUCAGGAACAUCGCCCGGCGAAGCCCUGACCUGCAGAGGAUCUACAUCAACAAUCAGGCUCUGGUGUGCAACGUGACUGUGAACACGACCCAGCAGCUGCUGGAGUCCUGCCCCAAGGUCCAAGUCUUGGGGGCUUUCUAUGCCAGUGUGUCAGAGAAGGUCCUCAGUGAGUUACUCUUGCCUGGACGAGCUCCAUUCAGGCUUCUUGAGCUGUACUGCGAGCGCUCUGACAAGUACGUGCCGGCUAUUUCCAAUGGAUUCUGGGAGGUCUUGCACAAGAGACACCCCUCCCUGUUGGUAAACGUUAUCCUCAACCACACUCUGCCCGCCAAGAAGUUCCUGAAGAUUCUACAGCCGAGCAUCCCCAUACGUGACCUGGAGCUGCUUACCUACACAUACCUGGUGAACGAGGUCAACUUUGUGGCAGCCAGCUACGGGACAACCCUGGAGAAGCUCGUGCUGCAGACAACCUCAUCCGCAGAGCUGGACCUAGCGCUGGUGGGCCUGGCCUCCAGUUGCCCGCACCUGAGGGAGAUCCACUGCUACUGUGUGGUGACCCAGGCCGUGGUGCAGGCCUUUUGCACCAAGUGUCCACACCUGUGGAGGUACACACUAAAGACACGCAAGGAGCCACACCCCUGGAUUUGUACAGUGGUCAAAUGACAUGAAGGAUGCUAACAUCUUGCAGAAGCCCUGCAGUCACAGUACAAAUGAAAACUACAAACAUGGUGACCGUAAGAGACUUCAUUUGAUACUGGGAUUUAUAUAGAAAAUUUAAUUUGGGAACUAAAUGUAAAUCAGACUGUAUUGUAUGGUGAAACACCGUUUGCUAUUGGUUUCAUGCUGUUCUGUAAAAUACAAUCAAAUCAUUUCACUGUUGACUGCAUGAUCCUCUGCAGUUUGUAGCUAAACACUGUUUGGUGUUGACUGUAGAAUGUACUGUAAUCUGUAGUCAGACAGACAGAAGCUUCUUAAUCUAUGCACAAAAGCAGAUUUUAUUAUGAUUGCUACUGUGUUCUUGCACUAUGCAAAUAAAUUUCCUUCUUUCCUUGUC